CUCGCCAUCGUACCUCGAUGUCCGCGACACCCCGCGUCAUCCGCCUCGUAUUCAACAAGAAGACGCUCGCCUAUGCCUCAGCGGGCACUGUGGUCGCUGCCGGCGGCGGUUACUGGUAUCUGAACUCGGGGCCUGCUUACCCCUUACCGACCCUUCAGACCCGAAGGCCGCCUCCGCCAUGGACGCCGCCGUCGAGGGAGACGAUGCUGGACAACCUGAAGGCGUCAGGCAGCUCGAGUGAGGAGGAGUUCGACCUACUGAUUGUUGGCGGUGGUGCUACCGGAGCGGGUGUGGCGGUUGAUGCUGCCACGCGCGGGUUGAAGGUCGCUUUGGUCGAACGAGACGACUUUUCGGCAGGUACAUCCUCCAAAUCCACGAAGUUGGUCCAUGGUGGUGUGCGUUACUUGCAGAAGGCGGUCAUGGAGCUCGACUAUGAGCAGUACAAGCUCGUAAGGGAAGCCCUUCACGAGCGGAAAAUCUUCUUGCAGACCGCGCCCUACCUCUCGCACAUGUUGCCCAUCAUGCUGCCGAUCUACAAGUACUGGCAAGUGCCUUACUACUGGGUCGGUUGCAAGAUGUACGACAUACUCGCCGGCAAGGAGAACAUGGAGAGCUCGUACCUCAUGAGCCGCGGCAAGGCAAUGGAAGCCUUUCCGAUGCUGAAGAGCGACGGCCUCGUUGGCGCCUUGGUGUACUAUGAUGGGCAGCAUAAUGACUCCAGAAUGAACGUUGCGUUGAUCAUGACGGCGGUCAAGCACGGAGCGACUGUUGCAAACCACACGGAGGUCAUCGCCCUUCACAAAGACGCCACCGGCAAGCUCAACGGCGCCCGCGUCAAGGACAAGCUCACUGGCGAAGAGUGGAACGUGAAGUGCAAGGGUAUCGUCAACGCCACGGGUCCCUUCUCCGACUCGCUCCUGAGCAUGGACAACCCGAGCCACAAACCCAUCGUUCAAGCCGCAUCUGGUAUCCACAUCACCCUCCCGAACUACUACUCCCCGCGCACGAUGGGUCUCCUCGACCCCGCCACCUCGGACGGCCGCGUGAUCUUCUUCCUGCCCUGGCAGGGCAACACCAUCGCCGGUACGACCGACACCGCUGCUGAAGUGACCGAGGAGCCGCGCGCGCAGGAGGAAGAAAUCCGGUGGGUGCUCGAGGAGGUCCGUCGCUACCUCUCGCCGGACAUCAAGGUCCGCCGGGGCGACGUGCUCAGCGCGUGGAGCGGCCUGCGGCCGCUCGUGCGCAACCCGAAUGCGGCGAGCACCGAGGGCCUCGUCCGGAACCACAUGAUCAACUUGAGCGACAGCGGCCUGCUCACGAUCGCCGGCGGGAAGUGGACGACGUACCGCGCGAUGGCGGAGGAGACGGUGGACGAGGCGGUGAAGGCGUUCGGGCUCAAGCCGAAGAACGGGUGCGUGACGGAGCGCGUGCAGCUCGUCGGCAGCGACGCGUGGAGCAGGAACAUGUUCAUCGGCUUGAUUCAGCGCUACGGUCUUGACACUGAGGUUGCAAAGCACCUUGCGGAGAACUACGGUGACCGCGCUUGGACGGUAUGCUCUCUUGCCGAGCCCACUGGAGCAUCGUGGCCCCUGCACGGUGUUCGCCUCAGCCCUGCGUACCCUUACAUCGAGGCCGAGGUGCGCUACGCGGUCAGGCACGAGUACGCGCAGACGGCGGUGGACGUCCUCGCCCGUCGCACGCGACUGUCGUUCCUGAACGCGCAGGCGGCGUUUGACGCGCUCCCGCGCGUGGUCGAGAUCAUGGGCGAGGAGAUGGGCUGGAACCUCGCGCGGAAGACGAAGGAGCUGGAGCGCGCGACGGCCUUCCUCGCGAGCAUGGGCCUGCAGGAGGGCAUCGCGCCCCCACCGCUGCACCCGCGAAACCUCGUCGAGAAGGUCGAGAGCGCGCUGUACACCGGCCUCGGCACGCGCACCCGCGCGCCGACGUCUGCUGUCGCGUACAGCCGUGCGCAGUUCGAGGCGGGCGAGGUGGACGCGUUGAAGGUGGCGUUCGAAGGCCGGGCGAAGAUCGUGCCGCCUGCGGACGGGAAGCAGGAGCCGGCGAGGUUGCUCGAGACCGAGGACGUGCGCUCGCUCGUGGGCGGGCUGCAUGGUCUCGAGUUGGUGAGCGAUAAGGACGUCAAGUAUGUGCUCGAGGAGGCUGGCUUCGCGGGCAGGAAGGACGUCGACUUUGACGAGUUCGUCGAGAUUUGCGCCGAGCUCAAGGAGGUGUCGACGGCGCCGAAGGUGCUUGCCACCGAGAAGGCGGAGAGGAGAAGGAUACCGGUCGAGCGCACGGGUGGUGGUGUAUGAUUGGACCUCGGGGCUUCGUUUCGCUCUCGUAGCGUCGGUCGCUUGGUUCCUUGAUAAAAUCCGUACCGAUAACCAUUGUUGUGUGUACGUCUUAUUUCACGAUACAUAGACACGCGUUUACCUGC